AUGUCACCAGAGCCAGAACAGUACCACACAAUUGCGGCAACGGCCGAUCGAUGCUCGAAUCUUUUCCAGCAAUGCUUGCAGCAGUCUGCAUCGAUCUCGUCUCUCGAAAUGACCUUGGUAGAAGACCAGCUCGCGCGUUUCUCUCUCUGGGCGGCCAAUAUCGGUGUUUUUGCCGGAGGACGCGCCUCAUUGGAUCACCGCCUGAGAGAAGCACAGGAGGUGCAUGAAGUGAUUAUCGGGCUUCUAGAAACGCUUGAAGACCAAGUCGAAGCCUGGUCGCACAUGCUUUGUGAGUCGAUCCCCAGAUCUCAGAUAUCGGAGAUUGCUUUCGCAUCUGCAAGCGAAACGAGCACUCGUUCAAGGCGCGCCGUUGUCGGUCAGAUAGCACUUCUUCAUCGACUGUCCAACACGAUCCGAAGAGCGAGCAGCGAGGCCCACAAUGCAAAGGUGUCCACAUCCUUCAAGAUCCGGGAUGAAGAGGGGAACGAUGUGGAGCCGUGCCUGGAGAUCGUGUUUGCAAAUUACAUUCGCGAUCGGUUCCGCGAUGUAGACGAGAAAGUCUUGCGGCGACUGGUUUCCGCGAUGAUUCUCCGCCGAAGACGAGUUAUGUACAAGAGAUCUCGUUUCGGCCAUCGAGCGCUGAAGGUACCGCCAACAACUGCUCGGCCGAAGAUAAUACCGCCGCCGACAGAUGCGCCUCAGCAGACCGCUGGCGGUACCCCCGCGGUCCCGUCGCCAUCGCCUCCAAUUGCCGUUGAAGUGCCGGCGAACUCUCAAGCUGGAGUCAGUGCAACCACGCUAGCCGUCGAGAAGUUUAGGAAGGCUUCUACCCCCUCCACAGUUUCCGGUGCGAGAACGGUAGCGCUGGACAGCCACGAAGCGCUGCCGUUUCCGGCGCCACCUCUUGGCCGCGUGAGACAGAGAUACAGAAGAAUAAAACGAACCCUGGAGGAAAAAAAUAGACUGUACCUACGGUCAUUAUCUGACGAGUGCGAUACUGAAUCACUGCCCACUAUCGAGACCUUAAAAAGGACAGCGGAAGCGGAUCUCAAGCAAGACUUGGAUAAGAAUUGGGAUUUGUGUGUCGAAGCCAUCGGAGAAAUAACAUGUCCUUUUUGCUUUUACGCUAUGCCAGCACGGGAGAUGCAGAACGACGCGAAAUGGAAGGCUCACGUCAAGAAUGAUCUCGAUUCAUACGUUUGCCUCUUCGACGAAUGCGAGACUCCGGAUCAACUAUACAGUCACAACGAACAAUGGCUGAAACAUAUGCAACACCAUGCCUUGCGCUGGCGCUGCAACUCGAAAUCGCAUGGACUGCUGAUUUUUCACACGCGAGAUCGCUACAUAGACCACAUGCGACAGGCUCACCGGGGGGCCUUCAAUGAUGUCCAGCUUCGCGUGCUGGCUGACAGGAACGCGCGAGCGGUUGAACCACUGUUCGAAUCGUGUCCACUCUGUGGCUCCAGCGAUACUCCGUCGCAGGGAGGCACGAUCAUCGAGCAUAUUGUUGGGCAUUUGAGAUCACUUGCGCUGAAAUCUCUACCGCCGUAUGAGGAUGAAGGAUCGGAUAGCUCGGCUGCUGAAAACGCCAGUUCACGAGCGUCCAAGCCUCAUAAGCGGAGCACCAUAGACAACGACCCGGAUAGGGUUAACACCCUUACUUUUGGGGUUGAGGAACUCGUCGAGCUCGUCGUGCUCGUGAGAGAGCUUAAUGGCGACGAAGUUCAUGUAUUGAAUAGCUUCGAGAGCCACGCCAGCCACUGCUCGCAGUGUGCGACACCUAUCGAGACUCGAGAGAAGAAUCAGUCCCUGUGCAGCCGUGGCCAUCAAUACGCCCGGGACGUGACCGAAAUCCUGCGUUGCAGGAAUGGCAAGAUCUACUCGGUGAUUGACCAGAAUUGCAACCAGUCCACUCUGGUCAAGGUCCCUGAGAAGUACUUCGCCGUGCGCCAACUGCUGCUGGCCACUGAAAAUGGCCUCGAGAGCUCCAGCCCAAUAGAGGAAUGGGGUAUUUCCAUCCAUGUUCCUCCCUCUAGUAGUAACAUGCCCCUGGAAAGACUUAGACGGUUUGAAUGGGGCUUUGCGACCGUCAAUCUGGAAACUUCUAUGAAUCUUGAUGACCCUGUGCGUCAAGAUCUGGCUCACAAGCAGCGUCUGCCAUUCCCGAUCAUGAGUCAACCUGAGCAUAAUACGAACACGGACAAUCUGGCAGACGGUUAUGUGUACAGUACUGAUGGUAUCCAUGGCGACAAGUCUGCUGGUGUUCUGGGUGGAAAUCUCCAACAGCCCUUGACACAAACUGAAACUGAGGAUCCCCUGGGCGUCCUCCAGACUGACCAUGAGGCAAAAAUACCGCGAGGGGAGAGCAACCACAGUCUGCAGCAUACCACAUCGCACCAAAAUUCAAAAUUACGGCAGAUGCUAGAGAACAAGACGAGUGAGAGCUGGAAGUCCGAACUGUCAAAUUCUAUCUCGACGAAGGAUGAGCCCUUCUCGGUCAUUUCACAGCGGCUUGCAACGGAAGCUGAGGAAAGACACGGGACGAGUCCACCCCCAUCGCCAGUACAUGGUGAUUUUACCGAACGGGGCCAUAAGGAUGUCACUCUCAUGCAACAGUCCGGGGAGGUCGAUGGUGUUUCCGAUGUUCCCGCUAUGCACCCGCUGCCCGGAUCUAUGCUUGGAGCACCAGCCCAACCUCGUGAGUCUAUCCUCAUUGAAAACACGCCGAAAGCACCAAUAAUCCUCCAGUUCGACACGAACACCCCAACGGGAAAUGCCACUCGGUCUCUGCGGGAGCAUUCGGAAACGGGAGUAAUCGACAACGCUCUUCUGGACGCCAUGAUCGCACGCCUACUUGCUCGUGUUGGCCCCUCGAAGAAGAGCCUUUGCCUCGACGAGGCCGAAAUCCGGCUGAUCUGCCAGGCCUCGCGCGAGCUGUUCCUCUCGCAGCCCAUGCUCCUCGAGCUCAAUGCCCCCGUCAAGGUGGUCGGGGACAUCCACGGCCAGUACAGCGACCUGCUCCGCCUCUUCCAGCUCUGCGGCUUCCCGCCCGCGGCCAACUACCUCUUCCUGGGCGACUACGUGGACCGCGGCAAGCAGAGCCUGGAGAGCAUCCUCCUUCUCCUGUGCUACAAGCUACGCUACCCCACGAACUUCUUCCUCCUGCGAGGCAACCACGAAUGCGCCAACGUGACCCGGGUGUACGGGUUCUACGACGAGUGCAAGCGCCGGUCGACCAUCAAAACCUGGAAGACCUUCAUCGAUGUGUUCAACUGCAUGCCUGUCGCGGCGAUUGUCGCCGGAAAAGUCUUUUGCGUGCACGGCGGCCUCUCGCCGUCCCUGUCGGACAUGGAGGAUAUCCGCGGCAUCGCCCGCCCGACGGACGUGCCGGACUACGGCCUCCUAAAUGAUAUCCUGUGGAGCGACCCUGCAGAUCAGGAGGAGGAUUGGGAACCCAAUGAACGGGGUGUGAGCUAUUGUUUCGGCCGGCGAGUCAUUGUGGAUUUCUUGCAGCGCCAUGACUUUGACCUGAUUUGCCGGGCCCAUAUGGUCGUGGAAGACGGGUACGAGUUCUACCAGGACCGUCUCCUAGUGACCGUUUUCUCUGCCCCAAACUACUGUGGAGAGUUCGACAAUUGGGGUGGGGUCAUGAGCAUAUCGGAUGAAUUACUUUGCAAUUUCGAGGUGCUGAAACCUCUGGCUCAAAAAAUCACGCCUCGGGGUCAUAGGCGUCUCCCAUUGCUCGGAGAUUAGAGGAUGGGUAUGCAAGUAACGGAGGGCAUAGAUAAUCGGUGACUAUUCCCAUCGGACUUGAGACGACGGCCCUCAUCCUGCUACCAUAGUGCGGUGUUAGAGGGUGUACGAGUUAUAUAUGUACGGCGAGGUGGUGCAAGAAGACGCCAUGCUAGCCUUUCAUUUACCACCAGCUCAAGGCCUGCACUUACCUAGUCGCAACCUAUAUCUAAGGAUGGACCGUCUUUGAUUUAGAGGCUGUCCGGGCUAUUUGCUCAAGACCGUGUCUGUAGAUCGAACGCAG